UGUGAGGAAACAAUCAUGGCGGCGCUCUGAAGUUUGGAGAGAAACUAAUAGUUUUAAAGCCGCUUUUAUGUUUUUAUUUAGUCUUUUAUCGAGUUUCUAUCAUUUAUGAUCAGAUGAAACAUUUGAUCUAAAGUAGAAACUUCUCCUCGCUGCUUCUUUUCUUUUUAAAUUUUAAAUCUAAACCAAAGUUUCAAUAGUUUGAAUCGAUGCUGCGGAGCCUCCAGGCGGCCCUGCUCCUCCUGCAGGAGGAGCAGCGGGAGGAGCAGCGGGGCGCGCGCUCCUCGCUCCGGUGGCUGGGUUACCUGUCCGGCCUCAACCUGUUGCUGGGUGUCUGUUUGGGGCUCUAUGACCGCCGGGGGGAAUCUGCGGUUCUUGCGGUUUUCAUUGCGGGGCUGCUGGUCCUCACAGCGGCGGCUUUUCUGCUCUGCUUCCUGCGGGCGGAGCGCCUCUGCCGGGCUCUCCUCCACCUGUGCACCGGCUUCCUGUUGGGGGUCCUCAGCUUCCCUGAGGCGCGCGCCCGGGGCGGUGAGCGCGCGGCCGACUACCUGCUGCUGUGCGGUGCGGUGCUGCGGGGCCUGCGGGCGCUGCUGGAGCGGCUGCUGGGAGCCGGCCGGCCCCGGGCCUCCUUCCUGACCUCCGCGGAGCGGCUGCAGCUGAUCGGCUUCGCGGCUUCCAGCGCCGCGCUGCUCGGCCAGGAGGCGCUGAGCGUCACGCUGCUGCUGGCGGCUCUGGCUGCGGUGAUGGUGACCCUGAGGACCAAGGCUCUGCUGGCUCUGCCCUGCCUGGCCUGCUUCCUUGGGGUCAGCGCGGGGAUGGAGGCCCUGAGCACCACCAGCCCCUCCGCCUUGUCCUGCUUCUUCAUCCAGAUCAUCUGCGACCCUCUGCUGGAUUCCUACUUCAGCGGCCUGUCGGUCACUGAGCGCUGGAGGUCCUUCCUGGUGUCCAGCGGCUUGAAGCGGCGCCUGGCUCUGCUGCCUCUGCUGGGGGUGGAGGUGACCUUCUUGGCCUUGGCCUCCAUCAGCUUCAUCAGCUCCAUCAGCCGCUCGGAGCGCCGGUACCUGCUGGUUCUGGUCUUUGCGCUCUGCGCGCCGCUGUGGGCCGCGUGCCACGCCGUGCUUCUGAUCACAGUUUGGGGAUUUCACAACAAGCUGAGCGACUGUCAGCGGCUGAGCUGGACUCAGAGCCCAGAGGACUCCAGCCUGGAGAAGAUCAUGGCCUCCAAGGGAAUGAGGCAUUUCUGCCUGAUCUCUGUGCGCCUGGUGACCCUGAGCCUGAUCUCCACCGCAGCUCUGGCUCUCCUCAGUUGGCAGGAGUCCAGUGGGAUCUUCAUGAGUCUGGUUCUGCUCCUCCUCCCCCUGGAGUCUCUGCUCCACGGACUCUUCUAUGAGCUGGGCAGCAGCCUGGGUGGAACCUGCGUGGGUUACGCCGUGGUCAUCCCCACCAACUUCUGCAGUCCUGAAGGUCAGCCGCUGCUGCUGCCGCCCGACCAGGUGAGCGAGCUGAACGAGCGCUCCACAGGGAUGCUGAAGAGCGUGCAGCGUUUCUUCGCUCACCACCUGAUCGAGAACUUCGGCUGCGACUAUUCCACGAGCGGGAUGAGCCUGGACGCCCUGCAGGCCAAGAUCAGGUCCUUCUUGGAGCUGCGCACGCCAGACGGGCCCCGCCAUGACACCUACGUCAUCUUCUACAGUGGCCACACGCACCGCAGUGGAGAGUGGGCCAUGGCAGGUGGAGACGUCCUCCGUCUGGAUCAGCUGUUGGAGUGGUGGCGGGAGAAGAACGGCGCCUUCUGCUCACGCCUCAUCAUCGUCCUGGACUGCGAAAACUCGUUGCCCUGGGUGAAGGAGGUGAGGCGCGUGGAGGGGCUGUACGCGGCUGUGCAGGGGGCGUCCCUCGCCCGGGUGGCUGACGUGGAGAAGCGGGAACGCCCGCAGCUCGGAGACUUCACCGCUCAGUGGGUCGACUACAACUGCAACCCCAACAGCAGCGUCCGGUGGUCCCACAGAGGCGGGGCGGUCUCCGCCGCCUAUGGCGUCUCCAAAGACUGGAGCGACUACACCCUACACCUACCAACAGGAAGUGACGUCACCAACCACUGGAGAAUGUACUUCCCUCGGCUGACCUACCCGGUGGUCCAGCUGGCGCUGUGGUGCGGCGGCCUGAACCUGCUGUGGAUCUGCAGCGCCUGUCUGCGCUUCCUGAGGAGAAUCAAGAUGAACUGGUUUCCACCGGCGGUACUGGACACGGAGCAGGGCUUCAAACUGGUCCGAUCCAACUGAACUGGUUCCACCGGCGGUACUGGACACGGAGCAGGGCUUCAAACUGGUCCGAUCCAACUGAACUGGUUCCACCGGCGGUACUGGACACGGAGCAGGGCUUCAAACUGGUCGUAUUUUGGACGCGGAUCCAAAUGGCGGCUGGUUUAAAAUGGCAGCUACUCUGCACCAAUCAGCAGCCGCGUUCUAAACUCUGUUAUUUUCAUUAGUUUGUUGGUUUUGAGAUGAAACUCUGAUGGUCGACUGAACUUUUUGCACAUUUUGACUCUAGAAUGUUUAUUUUCUCACAUGUUGCCUUUUGAAACUGACUCGGCUGUUUAACGCUGAACCAAAGUGACGCAUCUAUAUUUCUAAUAUCUUUUUAUCUGUGUUGAAAUAAUUCCUGUUCUACUUUUUGCAUUUUUUUCCGUCUUUGCUGAUAAAAAGCUCAGGUUUGCUGCUUUAAGACUGUUUUCUACGUUUUAUUUUUUAAAGAUUGACUGCAGCUCUUUGCUGUUAGUUCGACUGCAGGACUUUUAUGAACCAAAGGAAGAUUCUUUUUCUACAUUUUAUUGAUCUAUGCAAUGUUUUAGAAUAUGUUGUGAUAAGUGGGGAGAAAAUGGGCUGUUUGUUUUACUCUGAGCAAUAAAAGUGGAACUUUACUGGUUUGUAAUGA